AUGGCUUGGUACUCAUGGGAGGUCUCCCGUGACCGUGUGCAGGCCAUCAUGGCCGAGAUGUACCCAGAGCAUUGGUCAACCAUGGCUCGGCUCAAGGUCCCGGACGCUGUCUCUGAGCUGCCACACGUCCGGGCUGCUGUACUUCCACAUGAGGUCCGGAAAGCUUUCAGAGACGCGCUGCCUGACUUUCUCUGCCACAUGAGCAGUGCAGUGGCUCUGACUUUGGCCAGAGCCUUCCCAGUCGAGGUACUCGAGCAGGGCACUGGGGCCGGCCGCUCAGCGCUUGGCCUUGCUUUCCAUUUUGGUUCCAAACCCCUUAAGGCUUGUGAUGUCGGUGGCUCACGGGUUGCAGCCUCAGCUUGUAAGGCCGUCAGAGCCAAGGCCAUCUCAGAGCUUGCGAGGCUUGAAACGAAGAUCUUUGAGCUUCUUGCCCUCCAGUGGCGUCACAUCAGCCAUCGUGGCAGGCGAAACUUCGAGCCUUUUACCUACCAGCGCGGCAGGAGGCUUCAGGAGGAAGCUGAGGAAGCAGAAGAGGAGAGAGCUCAAAGCAAAGGUGAAGGCUCAUAUGCGACAACAGGCAUUCUGACAGCGCGGCUUGUGGUUGAGCUUUGGUGCUGCAAUGCUAUGAGUAACAGGUUGGUGUAA